AUGCGGCUCCUUCAUACCAAAAACCUCGAGUUCGUGUCCUUCAUUGGAACACCAAUCGAGGAGCGGCCUCGCUACGCCAUCCUCUCCCACACGUGGAAGGAUGAUGAAUUCCUAUUUGAAGAAGCUCGAAACGGCAUCCGUCAGCAAUCGCGGAAGCCCAGGAGAGGUCUGCGAAAGAUCCUCAAUGCCUGCAAGAGAGCGAGGCAGGACAACCUGGACUACAUCUGGGUCGAUACCUGCUGCAUCGACAAAUCCAGUAGCGCAGAGCUGUCCGAGGCCAUCAACUCUAUGUUCAAGUGGUACAAAGAGUCGGCUAGUUGCUACGUGUUUAUGGACGACGUCACACUCCAAGGGGAUGGAGUCAUGGGGAACUUUGACGAAAGUCGCUGGUUUACUCGCGGCUGGACUUUGCAGGAACUCAUCGCCCCCCACGGACUCAUCUUCUUCGACCGGCAUUGGAAGUACAUGUGCAGCAGGGACGAGAUAGCUUCCAGGCUUGAGAGAGUCACGGGAAUCACUCAAAGCAUCUUGCGGAGGAGACACAUCUUACCCCCUGCCGAGACUUCUCAUCGGUACGACUAUAGAUCGAAGUGCCCAGGAUGCGGCCAAAUUGACGAAGUCAAGACAGACCUGGCGGAGGAGCCCAUCUCUAUAAAAAUGAAAUGGGCAGCUAAACGAAGGACAACCCGCCCGGAAGACACGUCAUACUGUUUGCUGGGUUUAUUCGACAUCAACAUGCCUCUCCUCUACGGCGAAGGUGAAAACGCCUUCGGGAGGCUUCAAGGGGAAAUCUUGAAAAAAAGUCCGGACCAAUCCAUCUUGACUUGG